GCCCUGGAGGCCGGGAGGACUCGGAGCGGAGCAGAUCCCGGGCAGUGCACACCCAGAGUAGAGCAGACCCCGGGGCGGGGAGCGUCCUGAUCCAAGCCGACUCAGGGCGGGUGCUUUCUGAGAGGAGCAGACUCCGGGCGGGGCGCACAGGAGCCGGGCAGGCAAGGGCUAGGGAGCAUCUAGAGCCGAGCAGACUCCUGGCGGAGCGCAGUCGUAGAGCUGCAGCUCGGGGCGUGGUCAGGGCGGGGCCCGCCCCGGCGGGAAGGCGGAAGGACUCUUUGGACUUUGAGCCUCCGGUUCUCACCUAUAAGAUCCCGAAGCCCCCUGGCCCCGCACGCCCGAGACUACGGAAUGGAGGCCGGGCUGCUAUGGUUCUGCAACUGGAGCACGCUGGGCGUGUGCGCCGCACUCAAGCUGCCGCAGAUCUACGCGCAGCUGGCGGCGCGCAGUGCGCGGGGCAUCAGCCUCCCUAGUUUACUUUUGGAGCUGGCGGGGUUCCUGGUCUUCCUUCGAUAUCAACAUUACUACGGGAACCCACUGCUCACCUACCUGGAAUACCCCAUUCUCAUCGCACAAGACAUUGUCCUCCUGCUCUUCGUCUUUCAUUUCAAUGGGAACGUGAAGCAAGCCUUACCCUACAUGGCGGUAUUUGUGUCUUCUUGGUUCAUCCUCAGCCUGCAGAAAUGGAUCAUCGACUCAGCCAUGAACUUAUGCACAGUCAUUAGUGCAGCCAGCAAGUUUGCCCAGCUCCAGUAUUUGUGGAAGGUACAAGAUUCGGGAGCUGUGAGCGCACUGACCUGGGGCCUCUCUGCCUACACCUGUGCAACAAGAAUAAUAACAACCUUAAUGACCACCAAUGACUUAACAAUUCUUAUACGUUUUAUGAUCAUGUUGGCUUUAAAUAUAUGGGUAACAGCAACAGUACUUCACUACCGGAAGUCUGUCACGAAAGCUGAAUGAUGGAUGUAUUCUUUCUACACACAGUGGACUUCAAAUGACUGGAUCAUAUGAUGCACCAUUGCUUUUCAUUGCUAUAUUUAAAAUCUUAUACUAGUCAACCAUUUCAGAAAUUUUAAAGCAGCCUUGUUAAACUCGAAAAAGCCACUUAGCUGAAUAUGGAAGUGCAAACCUUUAAUCCUAGCACCUGGGAGUCUGAGGUAGCCUGGGCUACACAGCAAACUCAGAAGGAAGACAAGGAGAGAGGGAAAGAAACACUUGUUUAAAAUGUCAACCUCCUUUCCCUACCCCCCUAGGUUGUGAGAGGGCUUAGAUUGGAUUGUGUGUGGGUUUGUUGCCCCUCCCUUCCCCACAAGAUAAAGUCUUGCUACAUAGGCCAAGCUAUCCUCCACUUUGCGAUCCCCCAUCAGCCUUCUGAGCACUAGGAGUGCUGGACCAGAGUGGACCUCAACACUUGGCUAACCUGACCAUCUUCACUCUUAGAGUCAUGAUUAUGUUCCCUGAAGAGCCAGCUACAUCUACACUGUGGUUUUCAAAAUAUUAAGUAGUCUUCCCACAAUGAGUGGGGUCUGCCCAGUCAGAGUGCAACUGUUCACACCUGGGCUUCCAUAAACUAGGGCUUGGCCUUGUAUGUCAUAAUGCAGUCUAACAUCCUCUCUAGACGUGACUGGGUUCAUAUACUAAGCAAUCCUCCAGUGUGCCUUAAACAGAGCCCCAUCUGUUUAGAUGAGGAAAUCUCAACAGUCUCUCAAUUUAAGCACAAUGCCACCAUUUUCUAAAGGGCUAUAUCUCACCAUUACCACUGCUGGAACUUAGUAUAGGUUUUAGCUACUGGAAGGUAUACACACAGUAAAGAUUAUUGCUAAGUCCUACCCCAUUCUUAGGGAUUUUAUUCAUACUAAAGUAAGAAUAUCCUAAGCAUAUCCUAAACCUUGUUGUCUGCAGUACCUCCUCUGAUGUUUUAUAAAUCCAACCUUUAAAAGCUCAGUCUCUUCUUCUACAUGAAUGCCAUUAUUCUGGCAUACUGCGAGAAAGUAGAUGAUGUUUACUGGAAAAUGUUUAGUUUUCUAUAUUUAAUAAACUUUAAUUUGUUGAACUCCACUGAA